AUGGUGACCGUCAAGCACAAGGAGGCGGUUCACCGCGUGACGUCAGAUCAUUCGCCCGGCCUUCACCAAACCUCCCAUGCCCACCAUUCCUCCCUUUCCCACCAACCCCCCCCUCCGCAUCCACAGCACUCCGCUCCUAUCAACCACCACUCACCGCCUUACCAGACCUCCCCCCUGCACCAUACGCCGCGGACGACGCUCGCGCAUUCCGGUGAAGCCGACGCCAGCCCGCUUUCCGCGCAUUCCCUUUCCGCGCAACCUCUUUCCGCGCGCCAUCGCCGCCGCGCGCAUUCCUCCGCGCACGCGGGCCCGGACCUGCUCCUGUCCACCGGGCGGCUGUUGCUGCUGCUGGCGAUCGUAAUCGCCUUUGUGUUCCUUUAUUCCGAGCUCGAGUCGCGGAUAGAUCUCGAUGACGAUCCGCUGGGAGAGGAGAAGAGCUUCAGACGGGAAAACGGAAACGGAAACGGUAACGGUAACGGAGGAGGAAACGGAAACGGUGGUGGAGGGUUGGGAAGGUGGGGGUUGGCGGAAGGGUCGGAGGAGCCAUGGCAGCAUAGAGGGCUGGCGGAUUACGGGAAUCAGAGCGUAUCGGAUCUUUUAAGCGCCGUGAUGAUGGAGGGGAGUAACGGGAGUCUCGAUAACGGGAAUGGUGACAAUAACGGGACUGACGAGGACGGGGAUGGGGCGGCAGCUCAGGCUCGGGUCACUGAUCGGUGGUCCGUAGGGUCUGAUAAGCAGCCUGAUAAGCUGACUGAGGGUUCUGAUAAUGGGUCCAGGACGAGGCUAUCAGAGGUUGGCCCGAGUUUAGAGGAGCGUCGGCAGUUGCUUCUACUGGAGCGUGACCAUAAAGGGGUUUUGGCCGUAUCCCACCAUAAGCACUCGGGGUUGGGCGGGCAUGGGGCGAAAGGACACGGAAGGUCGCUAGAAGAUUCGGGGUCCGGCGGUGCUGACGUCAGCGGUAGGGGCAGCAGCAGCGGGAGAAGCGGGAACGGAAGGAGGGGGGACGAGGAUGAGGAGGAGGUGUUUGAUAUGUACGAGGCUUCGUUAGACGAACAGGUUGCGCAAGAUAUCACUAUAGUUAUCUCCGCUAAGCACACCUUCAGCUCCGCGCCCGCGCAGCUGGACGCGGUGCUCCGCAACACCCCCCCCUCCCCCGUCGUGUACCUGCUCUCCGCGGACAUGCCCGCGCGCGUGCGCGCGCACGUGCUGCGGCGGAAGCGCGAGGCGGACGCGGGGAUGUGGCGCGGGAACGCGGUGCUGCGCGGAUCGCCCGCCGCGGACGGGUCCGUGCAGUACCAGCAGCAGCAGGAGCGGCGCAUGGUGAUUAAAGACGUAGGGCGCCACGCGAGCGGAUUCGCGAUGCGAAACGCGUCAGUGGAGCUAAUUAAGACUAAGUACGCAUUAUUCAUAUUCUCAGACGUGUUUCCCCUAGGUCACCGGUGGCUGCAGAAGCUGUAUAUGUUUGCCGAGGCUAGGGGGGGAGAGGGGGUGAUCUUCUUGCCGUUCCUGUGGGAGCAAUCCGGCGGAGGCUCGGCACCGAGCUUCAAGGGAAUGAUGUCCAUGGAUGGUAUGGUGGAAGGCGGAGGGGGAAGCGGAGGGGGAAGUGGAGCGGGAGGCGAUGGGGACGAGAGUGGCAUCAGCAGCAGUGGCGGCGGCAGCGGUGACAGCGGUGACAGCGGUGGCAGGGAGUUAGGGCACGCGAGGAAGACGCACACGGGCAGCAGGUGCAAGGCGGAGGGGGAGAGCAUGCGCCUGCACGCCGCGUUCGGCGCGGAUAUGAUCCUGGACGACUUCAGCAACGACGGGAAGCUGUACCCCCAGCCCAUAGAAGACCCGCAGGUCGCCGCCGCGCUAGACCCCACUCUUCUCGACCCAAGGGAAUCAGCCGUGGGGAUAGAGGAUCACUGCUUGCUCGUCCGGCACUCGUUCCUGCUGGAGGCACAGGUGUUUGACCCCCAGGUCGGGUAUACUCGGCAGGAUCUAGACAUAGCGCUUACGACAAGGUAUUUUAACUACAAGGCGUUUCUGGUGCCGCAGUCGGUGGUGGUAUACCACCAGCCGUCCACGAGUAUACGCACCAGCGACCUCGUGUAUUUCGUGAGCCAGAGUGGGGAUGAUGUGUGCACGGCGAACCAGGUGUUUCUGCGGCACAAGUGGGGGGUGAUUGUGGGGCAGCGGUGCAGGGGGUUUGUGGAUGCGGCGCUCAGGGGGCUCAUGUGGGUGGCGGAGGGGGACGCGGGGACGGACAUGCGCGCGCAGGUGCAGGCGGAAGGGGGAGCGGGGGGGGAUUUGGGCGCACAGGCAGACGGGGAGACCUCCCAGAGCGAACAGUCCCGCCUCAUCCUCGCGUUCUUCUCUCUAACCGGUUUCAACCGCUUUCAAAUGCGUCAUCUGCCCUUCUGGGGAUCCCUCCCGCCCGCCCCCUCAGUGCCCUGCCUUGUCCGCGAUAAGACUGUCUGUGAUUCGUCCAUUCCCUGGAUGGCUGCUGCUAGCGGGUUUGUACCCUUUGUAGAAAGACUCGGUUCUCUGCACGAGUUCCUAGAGGAGAUUAGGGACAGGGGGAGGAGCAGAGGCGGGCGUUGGGCUUACAACGGCUCAAUGGCCAGGCAGCGGCACACAGGCAGCCAGGCGCUGCUUCACCACGAGCAGCAUCAAGAGGUUGCAGGUCAGUCGCAGCAGCGACCGAGUAACAGAAGCAGCCAGUUACAGGCCAGCAGCCGGCGUCGACUGUUAGCCAGCAGCAGCGACCCACCCCCAGCAGUCACGGGAGACCCGCAGCUGUGGAUGGGGCGCGUGGAAGAAUUCCCCCCUCUCCGCGUGAACCGAGUGGAAGACCUAUGGCGGUCAUCCUCCCUGCGAGACGGGCAGCUGUUCACAGUGCGGCGCAGCCUAGUGAAGAAGAACGAGAAGCACCCGGGGAGGAGGGCGCCGGACUUGCCGGUGCUGACGCGCAUGUACGUGCCGUUUGUGCUCGUAGAGGCUGAGAUGGAGGGGGACAGGGUGGGAGGGGAGAGCAGUGCCAAGGGCAUUGCACGCUCGUGCAUGUUCAACGGCAUGUCGGUAGUCAUCGAGGAGAAGUGCUUCUUUCCGAAACAAGGGCCCACUGCAAGCAGUAGAGGCACUCUCCUCGGUCCCCCAGGCUCCCAUGUCGGCCCGGCGCGCCCGUGCCUGCGCUCGGCCCGGUACUUCCGAGCCUGGAUGUACGUGCGGCACGUGGAGAUGGACCGAACGCCCCUCUUCAUGUUCGACCGUUUCCGCCGCACCCUCCGCCGCUCCCUCUCCGCCCGGAGAGGCGGCGGGUGGAUCGACGCGAAGCACAUGGUGUGGCUGUCGAGGUGCCUACGGCCGGUGGUGAGGAGAGUGAGGAUUGUGAGGUGUGUGGCGGGGACGGGGGAGGCGUGCGCUGUGGCGUGGCAGGUGGGGGCGGUGCCGGAUGCGUGGCGGCUGGUGCUGUGGGCGUGGCGGCCGCAGAGCGUGCGGACGGCGCAGGUGGCUCUGAUGGCGCGGGACACUCAACCUGUUGGACUGGUGAAUAGUGUGGCAGUUGUGUGGUACCUGCAGAGUGUGCGGAUGGCUCAGUUGGCUCUCAUGGCUCUGGACACGCCCCCUGAUGGUGAGCGGGUGUGGGGGUUUGAAGCAUGGAGAGUAGGAGGGGAGGUGAGUGCGGGCAUGGUGGGGAAUGUGUGGCUGCUGGUGCUGUGGGCGUGGGGCGCGCAGAGCGUGCGGACGGUGGAGUGUGAUCAAUCAAAGUGGAGUGUGCGGAUGGGGCAGGUGGUUUUCAUAGCGCAGGACACGCCCCCUAUUGACGACUGUCUCGCGCUCGUGUUCACGCACCUCACCUCGCCUCGGGAUUGGCUCGCAGCGGCGUGCGCGUGUCACCGCUGGCGCUACGCAGCCAAUGACGGCAUCCGCACGCUCUCGCUCUCAGAAUCCGCCAUUCACAGCCUGCCAGGUGGCCUAGCCUGCGGCCUCCACAGAUUUCGCCAGCUGGCGUCUCUCGAGGUCCCCGCGCCCUGCCUCUCCCCCGGGAUCGCCUCCACGCUUGCCACGUGUCCGCAUCUGACGGCUCUGCAUCUCGUGCCGCUACGGCGCGUUCUCGCGCACAAGUUCACCCGGCACGAUGUUUUUCCGCUGCCCGAGGAGCUCGGGCAGGUCACGCAGCUGCAGUACCUGAGGGUUAUGAGCGAGAUGGUGGCUGAAAUUCCGGAUUCCGUUUGCCGCCUGCCUGUCCUCCGUACGCUGCAUCUGGACUCGUGCCUGAAGCUGAAAGCGCUGCCCGCGGAAAUCGGGCAGCUUGCUGAUUUGGAGGAGCUGAAGAUCACCGGGUGCCGGGCUAUUUCGGAGCUGCCCGAGUCUCUGGGCAGCCUGCCGCGGCUCCGGACGCUGGUCCUCAACCAGUGCACGAGCCUUGCGAAGCUGCCCGAAUCCCUCUCCUCCCUGGCUUCGUUGGAAACUUUUGAGGUCGCUGCAUGCAACAAGCUGAACCAGCUGCCCAAAGGGUUUUCCCAGCUGCCCAACCUCCUGGUGCUCCGCUUGACCGGGUUUGAAACUCUCCAACCGAUCCCAGAAAUCUCAAUAAAAUUUCUCGACCUGCGAGUGCUCCACUUAGGGUGGGCUGCAGCAGAUGUCCCUUUCUCUUGGUCCCUCUUCCACGACCUUCAAGAUCUUUCGCUCGCCUGCCCGCUGACCGAACUCGACGAUCUCAGCCUGCUGCCCCUGUCCCGGCUCACCUCACUUGAGAUUACGCACUCGCGCUACCUCACCGCCCUCCCCUCCUCCCUCUGCUCUCUCUCCUCACUCACUCUCCUCCGCCUCAACGUCUGUUCUAAGCUCGCUUCCCUCCCCACCAACAUCGGCUCAUUGACUUCCCUCCGCUCACUUGAGAUCAAGAAAUGCCUGUCACUCUCCGCUCUCCCGGAUAGCUUGGCGAGUCUGCUUUGCUUGGAUUCUGUCAUAAUCAAGGACUGUCAUUCGCUGAAGGGCCUGCCCAAGGAUUUCGGGCAGCUGGGGAAUCUGCGGUCCAUGCAGCUGGUGAACUGCCCGGUGUUGCAGGACCUGCCCGCGUCUUUCGGGCAGCUCUCGUCGCUUCAGGCGCUGGAGAUCUGGAACUGCAAGGCGCUGGUGGGUCUGCCCGACACUUUCGGGCAGCUGGAAAAGCUCAAGAAGCUUCGCAUGAUUGGCUGUAGCUCGGUCCUUGCCCUGCCGGAGAACUUUGGGCAGCUGAAAUCUCUUGAGUUCCUGGAGCUGCUAGACCUUAUGCGAGUAGACACCCUUCCCGGCACAUUUGGCAAUCUUUCAGCUCUGCAGUCGCUGACCCUUCGCCUGGCCGGGAUCACACAGCUGCCCCCUUCCUUCGGGCAGCUUGCGUCGCUCCAUUGGCUUGUGCUGCUCAGCAUGCCGAACCUUUCCAACCUGCCCGAGACCUUGGGUACCCUUUCGGCACUCAAGCAGCUGGAGUGUGUGUCCUGCACGUCUCUCCGCCAGGUGCCCGAGUCUCUCGGGCAGCUAAUGAAUCUUUCGGAGAUGGACUUUCAGUGGAUUCCCGUUCCAAGCCUUCCCGCUUCGCUUGGCUCCCUCUCUCGACUUCAGUCUCUGCUGCUGACCGGGCUGACCAACCUGCGUGCUCUGCCCGCAUCCAUCGGGCAGCUGAAAAACCUCAAGAAGCUGAAGCUGAUGAGCCUGUCUCAGCUCUCGACUCUGCCCGACUCGUUUGGCGAGCUGACCAGCCUCCGAAUCCUCGUCAUAUCCCACGUCCCUCUCACCGCCCUCCCUGCAAACUUCACCUUCCCCUCCCUCCUCUCCCUCACCAUCUCCCACACCAAACUCUCCACCCUCCCACCGUCCUUCUCCUCUCUCACAUCCCUCCGUAUGCUCCACAUUGCACACUGCCCCACACUCCGCGCCCUCCCCUGGGAUCUCGGCAACCUCUCUUCUCUCCACACCCUCCGCCUCCUCUCCCUCCCCCUCCGCUCGCUCCCUGAUUCUACCGGAUCACUCGCCAAGCUUCAAGAGCUUGAGCUGCAGGACCUUCCGAUCUGCUCGGUGGAUUUUCUGGGCAAGAUGAAGCGGGCUCGGAAGGUGACUAUAAAAGGGUGUGAUUCUCUGAGGGAGGCGCAUGGAUCCAUGCCUGCUUGGAUGAGAUCUGCAUCGAUUCCGCAGCUGAGCAUUGCGUUUUCAAAUGCCCCGCCCCCCUCUCCGUUCUUGCCUUAUCUGAACAUGUACGAGUCCAGCUGCCCUGUUAUGUGA